GCGCUGCUGACAGCGACAGCGCACAUGCGCAGUGCGUCUCCACUGGCUCGGUGCUGAAGUUGGGCGGAUGGAGGAAAAGCACCUCCGAUGGAAAUCGAACGGCAGCGUGCAAUUUUACCGUGUGCUUUAACAAACAACAACAUUAAACACUUUCAAAGUAACCACAACAGCAGACUGACGUCUAGGAUUUAAAUGAUAUGAUGCUCAGCUUCCCUCACCCUCUCAGCAGUUACUGAUUUCUGCACUGUAAGCUGAGUCACACUGAGGAACUGGAGUACAGAGCCACUCCCCCCCCCACCCGCCGAAGGACCUGCACGACCCCCCUCCCCCCAGAUGCCCCCGGCCUGCUGUCCCAGCGAGCACACCCCGUCUGGAGCAUGGUGAGGAAAGAGCAGCGAGGAGACAGCGCUUCCCGACCCCUGCCGGCCACUCCGCUUACCUCAGCACCAUGAGCCUCCUGCCCCAGUCCACACAUUCACACUAAUCUGCCCGAAUUGGACCGGACUGUUGUAGUCCUGUUUGGCGAAUGCUGACCAGCUCGUUACUCUGGUUCCAUGCUAAUUGCAGUUGCCGGGAACAAAUGCCUGAAAUAGGUUCCCCUUGCAAAAGCAUUGUAAAGCCUCAGAGCCCCAGCAGGUGAGAUGAGAAAGAGACAGCAGCCCCAUAUCGAGGCUCCCCCCCCGGCACCAGCCCACCUGAGACCCAACACCUGCUGUUUGUGCUGGUGCGGAUGCUGCAAAUGCCCCUGGAAUGAAGACCGAGUGGAACGCACUGAAGGACAGACAAAAAUGGACAGUAUUGAAGCGACUGAAGAACAACCCCCCACGCUAGAGGAGGUUCUGUCCUGGUCGCGUAGUUUUGAGAAGAUGAUGCACUCCCAGGAGGGCCGAAAUGUUUUCAGCCAGUUCCUGCGCUCCGAGUACAGCGAGGAGAACCUGCUCUUCUGGCUGGCCUGCGAAGCGCUGAAGGCGGAGACCAACCGGACUGCCAUCGACCAAAAGGCCAGAAUCAUUUAUGAAGAUUACGUCUCCAUACUCUCCCCAAAAGAGGUCAGCCUGGACUCGCGUGUGCGAGAGAGCAUUCACCACAGCCUGGCAGAGCCGAGCAGGGACAUGUACGAGGAGGCCCAGCUGCAGAUCUACACCCUCAUGCACAGAGACUCCUACCCUCGCUUCCUCAACUCCUCCUUCUACCGGGAGCUCGUGGAGAGCAAGAGAAGCUCCUGUCUGGACACCUAAACUCUUGCUGAGAAAAGGGCAGGGAAAGUGUCCAAAUCUGAAGGUUUGAUAUUUCCUAUUUUAAAAAAACAAAACAAAAAACGAAGAGCUAACCAUAGUGUGAAAUCUCAUAUGCCUGCUUGUGUCCCUUGGGCUUCACUAUAAGUGAGCUCCCAGGAAGAACCACUCAGGCUCUGAAAACAAGACAGAAAUAGGCAAACCUGUAAUUAUGGUACUGUACUCCUCUCUCUCUCCCUCCCUCCCUCCCUCCCUCUCUUUCUCUCUCCCUCUCUCUCACACCUCACGCAUUUGAACCUAUUUCAAACAAUGUUUUUUCCCCUCUGAGUUGUUUAACCAGGUUUAAGAGCUUGUCCAUGGUGAGCCCCUGGUUGUGCAUGUUAUUGAAUUUUAACUCACUGGCAGUUUCUCCGUGGCCUGGGAAGGGGAGUGAGUUUAUUUUAGAAUUGCCCUGAACAGGCUCAUCAUUUCAGUAAAGGGAAUUAACUGAUAGUUGUUGUCUUUUUGGGAGAUGGGGUGUCUUACAGCAAUGCCACAUACACUUUAAGCCAUCCAAGCACUUUCCUUCAUUACAGUACAGACGCUGGGAUUAAUAAGGGCUAAAUUUGUAGAGUGGUUGGACAGCUCAAUGUGUUUUCCUCUGCAAAAAUCACAAAGCCUGUAUGAGAACACAAGAGCUGAAAAAGCCAGUUUACUGUACCAGUCCUCCCCCCAUCCCAAAAUACAUUUUACACAAAUAAAGAAGCACAGCUAUUGAAAAGCUAUUCAAUUAUUAUUGAAAAGAAGCAUAAAUUAGAUAGUAAUGUAUGAAAUAAAUGGCAAAUGUUUUUUUAAGCUUUUGGGGGGAAAACUGCGGAGGGGAGGGGCUUCUGUUGGUGCUUCUAAAUGGAAGCGGUUAGGCGCCUUGGUUAUUUGGGGCAGCACUGCCUGGUUGAAAUACACCCCUCCAGGGGCUGCUGUGUGGCUCAUUUGGUCAAAGCACCAAGCAGUGGUACAUCGAUGAGCCCCACGGUUGUUGAUGGAAUCUGGACUGUGCCAGUGCCGACUGUGGCCGGUAGCACCACAGGGCGAAUGCAUCACUCAGGAUGCGGGUGGGUUCAGUCAGUUAGGGGUCUGCGGUGUGGGGAAAAAGGAGAAUCGCAAAUGUCUACACAGUGGAGUUUGCGCAUGAACGUGGCUGCGGUUGCAGAUAAUUGGACAUUCCAAAUUAGGAUGGGAAUUAGACAUGUUCAGCCCCACAUUGGGUGCCAAAUUAUUUUUAAAAACACCUUUCUUACAGAUCACAGGACAUUGUUUAGAAAGGGCCUUACGGCAUACAUAGCUUCAGCUUUUAUUUGCAGACUGGUGGAUUUGUCUGAAACGCUUUGCUGUAAGUUCAGGGAGAGUCAACACCUCAACCCAAUGAUUUCUUCAACCAGGAGAGUCAAAACCACAAGGUUUUUCCUGGGAAGUGUUCAGAUUUAAGAUCUAUAUUCCAUAUUCACUGUACUGCACUUCCCAAAUAUGUAACAGAGCAAUUUGUUUUGAUGGUGAAGUUGUGACAUUUGCAUAUGAGCAAAUGUUCAUUCCCCUUUGAGGGAUAACUCCUUUAUGUGUUCCUGAAUUGAAGGCCAGUUGGCCAUUUGAACAUGGAAGAUUUAUUCCAAGUCUUUGGCUUCUGCCUACCAUUUCUUUUGAUGAAAUCAGUGCAUGAUUAAGCAAUUUUUUGAAGGGCAGUGUACAUAAUCAAAAUCACUCACUUGAACUGAAAGAAUGACGCAGGAUCAAACCAAUAACAUCAGUCUGAAUUGAACAGAAUUUCUGCUUUUCUGGAUCAAACCAAUCAGAUCAGUGUUAACUGAUAGCAUAUGGGCUUUUCUAGAUCAAACCAAUCAGAUCAGUGUUAACUGUAUAGCAAAUGGGCGUUGGCCACCAGUUUCUGGAUUUUUUAAAGGCUACUUGCCAACAUUUCAUGGCCAGUCAUCAGAUCAGUUCAAACAGGGGACAAUCCUGUAGAACAUUUAAGUGCAAUUAGAUAGUAUUCUAUGAGCUUGUGUUGUGGUUUGGAAAAAGACCCUUUUAAAUAUUAACAGCCAUUUCUGUUGGUGAUGGUGAUAAACAUUUUGAUGGUCGAUUAUAGUCAAGUGUUCACUGGCAAUUCGAUGACAGCAUACAAGAAACCUAACCUUUGGAUAACAUUCAUUGAAAUGCAUGCAUGACAGUACUGAACAUACAAUUUAUUAGUACAAUAGAUUCAUUUUAAAUGUGGCUCCUUUGAAUCCACAUUAGAUCUCCAUUGGUGAUCUCGUAUUUGGUUAAAAUGUACUUGUUUACAGUUAGGUGUGAAUUUUGAAUGGGCACGCUUGCCAAGUGAGGAAAUAAUGUUGCGUGUUACAUUUUUACCCAGUUUACAUUUUCACUGCAGAAUGGCCAGGGAGACUCACUCUUUUAGUGAUGACAGGUUAUGGGAACACCAAUUGUGCACGAACAGUGUUUUUAAUGCAUGUUUUGUUUUGAUGGGGGAAAAUGUCUUUGCUUUCCUCACUGUCCUAUAAUGUCAGUGUUCACAACCACUGCUUUUAAAUUACUGGAUAGGUUAAAUGCCUUUUGAAUUUUUUCCUCCUAUUUUCUUUUGACUUCAUUUAGUGGAAAACAAGUGAGAAGCUGCACAGCACCAUAUCUGAGCGCUUUCAAACAGUUGAGGACUUGUGGUCUGAUUUGUGGUAUAGACUGGUAGAUGGUCACUAAUGCUUUUAUAGUUCAUGGAAGAAUAUUGGCCUUAUCUACUUUUUCCUUUGAGAGUUUCAUUAGGAUUUAUCACUACCUCUCAUGUCAGUUAAUUUAUUUCUCAUCUAGUUGUCAAUGUACAGUUCCUAUUUAGAUCUACUUGAAUCCUAACACUGUAAAGACAAUGUGCACAGGGGAAAUGCCCCUUUAUACUGAGAAUUAGGGAAGAGCAGCCUUUUCGUUUCUUUAAUUGUGUUCAACUGAAAUAGAUUUUUAGAUUUAAAGAAUUCAGGAAAUAUAAUGUUCAAGGGCUAAUCUCAUUUUGCCUAUGCAAAUAUAUUACUGUUGUAAUGUGGGAAAGUUAGAGAGCUUUUUGGCUGUGUUGAAUGGACUAUGGUUUACAUUUCCCUUUGCUGACACUCUUCAAACUUCUUCAGCAAAAAUGUAUUCUUGUUUUUUGUUUCUAUAAAAUAUAUCAAGAAAAUAUAUAGAGAAUAUAGUAUAUGCCUUUGUGAUGGUAUAAAUAACAUUUAUAAAGACUUUAAAUAAAUUUGUCUUGUCUAAAUUGUGGCUGUGUUAUGACAUCUUGAUGGGGUGGCAGAUCACUGCAUUAUAAAUGUAAAAUACACUCUGAAUGGAAUGUACGGUUUUACAAGCCCCUUAUUUCAUGGUUGCUUGGCUCAUAUGCUGUAUUUGUUUUCAGGCCCAUGAAAAUUGAUUUAAUAAAGGAGGCACGUGGUAUUAGACUUGCAGUUAUUAAUGUUGUGUACAAUCCAAACAGCUAUAGGUUCAAAGGAACAAUCGUUUAAUCAAAGUACAGUGAUCUUUCGUUUGUUCAUGAUGGUGCGUUGAGUCAGUUCAGAGAGGAGGUCGUUGGGCUGAAGGACGGUGCGAGGCGCAAGGACAGAGAGAGCAGAAGUAUCUACCUCUGUGCUGCCUUCCGAUUCCCUUACGCACAUGACACUGGCUUUUCUGUUCAGUGCUGUGUGGCAAUUGUACCUUCAUUAUUUUUUUUCUCCUGUAAUACAUGUUGCAUAGUAGCAGUAAUAUUUAAUCACUUUGUUAGGGGGUCAUGUUUUCGUUUAGGAAUUAAUGAAUGCCUGUAGUGCAAUGCAGAAUAACAAAAUCAAACAAAGAAUCUAACUGAGUACAAAUUUUUGAUAUUUCAGCAGUUUGUUUUUGAGUAUAAGCAAAUUAAAUCAAGAACUAAAGCAUAAACCUAACAAGCAAUCUAUUUAUUCAUUGUAUUUCCCCUAAGAGUGUAUUAGAUACUACUGGGUAUAUUUCCACUAAGGGUGUUAUUGAUAUUACUGUAUGUAAUAUUUCCCCUAAGGGUGUGCUUUAGUAUAUCAUAUUAUUCUUAAAGGCAUGUCUGGUGCAAAUAAGUCUCACUUCAUCCAACACUGGUUAGGUGAGAGAUUAAUUGGUGUUUUAUGGGAUGUACUGGUGUCUUAUGAGAUGAAUUGGUGUUUUAUGAGAUGACUUGGUGUCUUAUAAGAUGAGCUAGUGAUUUAUCAGGAAAUGAGCUGGUGUUUUAUGAGAUUGAUUGGUGUUUUUUGAGGAGAUGCACUGGUGUUUUAUGAGAUGAACUAAUGUUUUUUGAGGAGAUGAACUAGCGUUUUAUGAGAUGAACUGGUGUGCUGUCCUAGCUCCUGAGCAUGUUUUGCUGAUUUUUUUUUUUUGGUUUAGACAUAUAGAACACAGUUCUCAUGUUAAUUACCGGAUCUCUUCAAACUAAGUCAUAUCACUGAGUUUUUUUUUUUUUUUUGUAGUUUUUUUUUGGCCGACUUUGGCCGAACCCCCUUUUGUCAUGUGUUUUUCGGUAUAGGGAUGUAGCGAUUAGUAGCAGAUUUCUGUUCUUGAAAAUGAUCUUUUAUCUUUGUUCCACUGAUACAGGGCACAGGAUUAGCUUGGUGUAUAAUCAGCUGCAACCACUCAGCUUUAGCAUCCUGCUUCUUUUGCACAACAGUGCCCCCUGCUUCCACUCUAAUAAUGACAUUGAUAUUGAAGGGUGGAGUAUUAUCUCCAGCUCUAUGUAAAAGGUGCUCUGUGUAGCAGAGGUUGUAAAAACUACACUGGAAUGCUUGCAAAAAUGCUUGGGAAUCUUUAGUGCAGAUUCCCCCAUUCAGUUGCAUGACGAAUAACCCCAUCUUUGUGAGGCCAGCCCCACUAAUGUCUGAAAAACCUGCGACUAUAGUAUUGUCCAUUAGCAAGUUUACGAAAACUACAAAAAACAUUCAAAAGAUGGCACAUUUAAAAUAACGCUUAUGUAGUGAUUCGUAUCAUUAAAUUAUUACAAAAUUGUUGAAUAAUAGAUAAAUGUAACGAAGAAAAAUAAACAAUCCCCUUAAUCGCUAAAACACUCACCUUGUUAAAUUAUUUUUCAGUGAAUUUCACACAUGUAAUAAUUAUAUUAUUAAUUAGAUUUAAUUAUUAAGUGGAUGUCCCGCACUAUACCCAUAAGACUGUAACUUAAAAACUGGAUUUCUUGUCCAGCUGUGGUGUUCACUUUUGACCAGUUGGAUGAGGUGUGUUGUCAAAAUUCAAAUUAUCUUGUGAUUGAUGACCAGUGUUAAAAUGAGUAAUUAAAAAUGAAAGCCCAAAAAGACUGCUGAUUAGUAUUCUCUGCAGGCACCCCCAAUGCUUUGCUUUGGUGUGAACCAGGAUUUCCAUGUGCAGAAACAUGUUUGGCUCACAAGCUUACCUAUCCAGCAGACCUACACACUCAUUUUUCUUUCUGAACCCUUAAUGCUGUUUGAGAUAAAAGCUUCUCUGCUUGUCCAGGUCAGUUAAAGGGAAGCUCUGCUAUAACCUGGGUGUGGGGUGCUCUUGUGGGCGGAGCUAUUUUGUGACACGGGGAAGCAGCAUUUCAAUAAGACUGAUGGGUGGGGCCUGUGCAUUGCACACCUUCCUCCUGUACAGUUAAACCUGGGUGGAACACAGGUAAAGGAUCACUGAAAAGUGUAACCUUGCUAGAGAAAUACCAAACUCCUCUGCGUCCAGCAUAGCACAAUGUGUAGCAUUUCUGCGACGAGUCACGGACACAGUUAUCCCUGUCUUAUGUGGAGGUGCUGAAAGAGCAGGACAUGAUUCCAUUAUUUAAUGACAAUGAAAAUUAGUUGUUUUUUUUUCUUUCAGGGAGUUUGGAUUGCUGUUAUAUCCUCUUCUGUGAGGCUGUUUGUUUCAGUGCCAGGGGUGGAGAAGAGCAAAUUUUAAGUGAUGUAGAUGGUACUCUCUAAGAACUUCAAACACAAUCAGAAAUUAGCGUCAAUGUGGCAAAAACAAACCAGCUUUAUGGCAUCUGUAGAGCUGGCUAGCUCCUAGAGUACAUCAUCGGUUCAUACCCGGCCUCCUACAGGCUUUUCCCCAUGUUAGGACCUGUGCUUGUCAUUAUGUCUUAGCAGCUGAAAUCCCUGUCCCUCUCUGACAUUCUGUCUGGAAGCAGUUUGGUUACUUGAUUAUUGCUGUUUCUCAGACUGUAGUGUCAUUGGUGGGAUUACAAUUUCCGAAAACCACAAUUUAUGUGGCAUUUAUCUUAUUUGCUUCAUUUUCUGCAUUUAAGAUGCCAUAAUAUUAGGCUUUCUUUAUGGACUUGAAUUUACGAAUCCUUUUUGGAUACCUUCAAGUCAAUUGAUGAUUGAAAAAAAUGCUAAGGUGUAAGGCACUGAAGAUAUUGAGAUAUUGAUAAGUGAUAUUUUAUAUUCAGCAUGCAUUUACUCAAUAAAAUAAUAAAGUUAUUUAUCAUAAACAAUACUGUAUGAGUAUGUAUAAAAGUACUGCAAUAUGCAGACAACUAGUAAGUUUGAAACUCCUUGAGAGAGGAAAUUGUUUUCCAUUUGAGUAUGUUUAGGUGGUAUUGACAAUAUAAAAAAAUAUUAAAGAAAUUUUACCAGUGGAUUCUCAAAAUUGCCAGAAUGACUUAGAUCCUCUUUAUAUUAAUGAGAUUAUGCUAUGAUGGGUCAAUUCAGAUGAUUUGGCUGAAUUCAAAUGUUGCAUGACCUUGUUAUACCAGUCAUUGGUUAGAUUAAUGACCGUUUCAGUUACUAAUUUUAGUGGAUUGAACAUGAUACAUUCGUAGGAUAUGUAAAUAUAUGGAUAAUAUGAUUUCAUGAGAUUCUCCCUUUUGUUGGGCGUUGUGAAUGGGUAUGUUCCCCAGUGUGUUUUAGACAAAGGGCUGAAUAGAUCUGGUCGUUAGAUCACUGAACACCAAUACAUGUUCGGUGAAAUGGCGAUUUCAAGGGCAAAGAAUCUUAUUUUGUUUUGUAAGCCUCCAUAUAUUUUGUGAAGGAGACAGUCAAUGUUUUUACCUUUUUAACUGAAGGUAUUUUCAUCCUGUUUUUCCUGCAUGCCUCCUCUCUAGCAUAGCUGUGAGCAUCUCUAGUGUUUCCAAGGUCUUCACCAUUGGGUGGUUACUUAAAAGCUGAUGGAAAGAUGGUGGGGAGGAGAGAGCUGGACUCUGAGGAGUGCUCAUUAAUGUAUGCAGGAGGUGUGCAUGAUGGGUAUUAAAACAUUACUUGGGCAGCUGUGAUCCAAGUACUUUUUUGCAGAAAUAUGUUGCAAUAGAACGAUUUUUUAAUGGGGAAAUACGUGCUUAAUGGCCAUAGCUACUUUGCAAAGUCUUGGAAUUCUCAACGAGCCAUAUUCCAUCUUGGGGUUUGUUCACUGGUUUACCCACUAGAAGCUUUGACAUGGACUUCUUUCAAAUUCCUUAGUGUCACUAUUCUUCUGUCAUGUCCACUCUUAGCAGUCCUGCAUGGAAGUAGCUCUAUGGGAAUAUCCUCUCCUUAGGAUCCAGUAUGUGAGUCUUGAUGUUUUCUUUCCUGAAAAAAUAGGCCUAUUAAUGAAAAAGACCUUGAUCCAUGUUGUUAUGUUGUUCAUGAUUUAAUGCAUACAUUUUGUUAUUUUAGGAAUGUGCGUGAAAGUGCCAAAUGUUUAUAUGAUCCCAGUACUUCUGCUUCAACUUGCCAAAACAGUAAAGAGGGACUUUUCAUUCUAAAAACUUUGAAUACAAAUUUAUAUACAGGUUUGGUGCAAGUGUGUGUUAUGAAUUGUUCUUCUACACUCAAAUCAAAGGAUUCAUGUGCUAUAUAUUCAGAAAUAUAAACAAAUACUCAACUCCCUGACGUCUAUAUUAAUUUGUCCUAUUUUCUUAGAAGAUAUCAGUUUCUUCAGAAAAUCUAAUUCUGUAAUAGCACUAAAGGGCACUAAAGCUGGAUGUGUCAUGAAGAAUGACCAUGGGAUCUCAUGUCAAACGUUUGCAGGGACUGGUAUCAUUCAUUCAUUAAACUUUUCUUUCUUGGCAUUCACAAUCUAGAAGAGGUGGUUGAAAAAUCUGUUGAAAGAGUAGGAUUGUGUAAAAGACCAAAUGUGAUGAAGAUACUGUAGGGGCAGUCUAAUAUGACAGUAAAGGUGGAGUUGAUGUACAAGUUAUCAUUCACUAUUUUCCUUUUUUAUCUUGAACUUCUUGUUCUCUUCUGACCAGGUUUCUGUUUAGUUGUUUUAGUCAUAAUGAAAAUGUGCAUUUGUUGAAUUUUAUUUUGAAAACAUUUUCUUCAUGGUUUGGAACACCUUCAUGUCCGGAAGCUCACAUGCUGGAGACUCUGGGUGCUGAGUUGUUUACACAAUGCUGUCCUGUGGAGGAGAAACCUGUUUAACUGCCCUCAAUAUUUCUGUGUACUGACAUAGUGCUGCUAGAGAAGAAAUGCUGAAUUUAAAUGUAACACCUUACUACAAUAAACACUUUUUAGACUUUUA